AUGUCUGAACAGACCAUCUACACCGAGCAGCCAGGACGCCCUCGACUUUCGCCGAGCAUAUAUUUGGAGAAGCUAGCCAGCUAUUUGAAAGAGGAGAGGGAACACCGCUUCCCUUACUUUACGGCCGCCGUUGCAUUCGAUCUAGGACUCGCUUUACGUGCAAAGCAUAUAUCUUUGUCCGCAUCUAGUGCACUACGCAAUCCCAUUGUCAUAUCGAUUUCCACGUUUUCUGGCGCGGUAUUAUUCCAAUGUGUGGCAGGAGGCGACCCACCAGACGCUGCAGAUCUUGCUACAUGGGCGGCUGCCAAAACAAACACUGUCCGUCGCUUUGGACAUUCCUCUGCCUUCAUCGAGUGUCGAAUGCUUGCGACGGGAAAAGGUCCCGAAGAGGCGGGAUUGAGUUGGCCGCAAUACGCAGUUGUUGGUGGAGGGUUUCCUGUCUAUCUCAGAAACGCACCUGCUGCUCCGUUCGGUGCGAUUGCCAUCGCUGGGUUAACGCAUGACGAUGACCACCGACUGAUCGUGCAGACCCUUGCCGAGUUCAUACCCAACUUGACGCCGCCCUAUGCAAGACAAGAUUCUUCCGCCAGUGCCGCAGGUCAACCUCCGUCCGAAGAGUCGUCCAAGAGACUUCAGAGAGAUGGUUCCCCCGCAAGGACCGCGGAGCAUCCGAUUCUUAUGAACAAUUGGUCAGAGAAUGAAGAUGUUGCGGACCAAAGCGAAGAAGCUGACGAUUCCCAAUCAUCAGGCGAAGAUGGAGAGGGGACCGGCGCGGAUCGUGGUGGACGCGCACCGUGGAGAUGA